AUGGCCUCUCUCACGCCGGAGCAGAUCAGACGAUUGUUGUCGGCGGGCAGUCUUACCGUGGAACAUGUCUCCAUGACCCCGGAGACAAGAGCCUUCCUAUCUCAACCGCACCGCAUGGGACACGUCGCUCUCGAGCAGUCUACCCACCAGAGCCCCUCAGCUCAAGCUCCCCACGCAAGUUCCACGGGUCCGAAAGCACCGCAAUACGUCCCUCUGCAAGCAGAUCGUGAGAUCAGGGUCCUCAUUGUGAAGAAAGGCACCGGGAGCCAGCGUCUUCGAUGUUCUCUCGAACGCCGUCCCUUGAUCGGCGAUCUCCCAUACGAAGCACUGUCCUACACCUGGGGUGCGCCUAUGCGGACCCGCUACUAUGACAAGAACUUGGCAGGUAACCGGCACGAACGUAGUCCAGAGUCGUACCUGGCGGCGUUGAUUGGCGGCUAUGUGUGGAGUGCUUCCAACGGAAACGCCAGGCCUGAUACGCAACUGGAAGAUUUCGACGAGAGCGCACUUGCAGAGCCGCAGAAGGUCAUGAUUGAUGGGGUGAAAUGCGAUGUCACUGGCAAUCUUGCUUCAGCGCUGUUGCAGUUACGAGUACCUAGCGAAGACCGCGUGCUAUGGGUGGAUGCUGUCUGUAUUAACCAGUCUGACAUCCAAGAGAAGUCCGAACAAGUCAGUUUCAUGGACACAAUCUACCAGCGGUGCGAGACAGUUCGCAUCUGGCUCGGACCUGCUGCGGAUGGAAGUGACGUUGCCAUGCAGCUCAUCGAGCUUCUCUGGGCCUGGAAAUGUGAAUGUACCGAUGGAGUAUCGAUGCUCACAGAUUCCCCCACGCCGGAGAUGCUAUCCACAAUCGAAGACCUGACCAUACUCUUGAUGCGGCCAUGGUUCACGCGCCGUUGGACUGUUCAAGAGCUGGCAUUCGCGAGCAAGGCGGUCGUUCAUUGCGGUGCGAGGUCCGUCGAAUGGCAGAAGAUGGCGUAUGCGAUUUCAUUUCUGAGAGAUCACAGACUUGAGAUCAAUUACCUGCGGAUCAAGAACUUACACAUGGCUGUUUCGCCUACCUUGUAUCGCAGAGGGUACCUGCAGACUCUUGCAGCGGAAACAUCGCUGUUUGUCUGCGAGAAGAUCAUUCGAGCAAACCCUGUUCCUGGGCAGCAAGUCGAAAGGUUGGCCGAUAUCGAGACACUGGUCUGCGGUUUGCAUGCUCUGCAAGUCUCAGCGGAGUAUCCGCACGACACUAUUUACGCUCUUCUUUCGCUAGCGAACGAUACCACCAAUGCGCCCGACCGAUGGUACACCGAUUACGCCAAGCCUGCAUCCGACCUGUUCAUCGAGUUCGUGGAAUGGGCCAUCGAGAUGAGCGGGAGUUUGAACGUCAUCUGCCGUCCAUGGGCACCGAGUGGUGAAGGUCUGACGCUACCAACUUGGAUCCAGCGACACCACCCCUCAGCUACACGCCACGAAGGUGGUGGAGAUAGAGAGCAGGGCCGCGAGAGCCUUGUCGGACUGGGCAAGAAGACUAGGUUCAACGCAUCUAAGAACAUACCUGCUGCUGCCGAGAUGGUGGAUGUUGAGGGACUUGGCAAGACGCUUGGAGUGUAUGGGUUCAAGGUUGACGAAAUCGUGGAAGUAUCUCCGGUGGCUCACCUAGGCUUGCCAGUCGCGUGGAAAGAUCUCGUACUAAGCCAAAAGUUUACCUUGCCUGAACAUACGCCAGCGAUUGUCCCAGAGGAGGGAGCGGAAAAUGGAGGUAUCAAAAAGAUGUGGCGCAAGUUCCACCGCAAGCACGAUCGCGGCAGCAGGAGCAUUGCCACUAAUGUCGAAGAAAAGGACACACGCCAGGAGAGCUACGCCAACCUUGCCGACAUCCUGGUCGCUGGUCAGGCAGGCGUCGAUAGACUCACUCGUGCGCUCCGCGGACAGAUGUGCGAAGCACUCUUCGCUGACACCAGCCCAUACCGGCACAAUGAAGAAGUCAUCGAUAUCCUAGAAGUUCGAGGAGAAGCAUCUCCCGCACCCUUGUACCCUCCUGAUAGCGAGACGCCAUUUCCGACACAGUAUCUUCACGAGUUUCUACGUCGCAUUGAGUCGUGCACUCGAAACAGAGCGCUCGCACGCACGAGCAGCGGCAAGCUGGCGCUGGUCGAUCACCUGGUCGAGCCUGGAGAUCACAUGUGCAUCCUGUUCGGAUGUGAUGUACCGGUUGUUUUGAGACCACGGCCUGCGUUGGAUGCCGGCGUGCAGGCAGCGGCGGUGUCGCUUUUCGACUUUCGAGGGGAGGCGUAUGUCCCCGGUAUCAUGGAAGGGCAAGCGGUGUCGGCGAUGCAAGAGGCCGAACGGCAUGAGGCUCCGACGACCACGAGAUACCUGUUGCGCUGA